GCCCGCCCGCCUCCCCGCACGGCGCGCAGCGCCCCAGCCUCGCGCGCCCCCGCCGCCUGCGCCCCGCCGCGCCCCGCCGGCAACUUUCCCUCCCCGCUCGGCCUCCUGCCUCGCCAUUCCCUCCUGCGCUGCGGAAGAUGGCUGUUUGGAGAAGGCGGCGAAGUUAGGGGGUCGCCGACGCGGGGCGGAGGAGGGCGCACAGCCUCGGCGGGAGCGGGCGGAGGUUUCUCCUCUGCCACCGUCACUUGGACAGCCAUUGCCAGCAGAGAGCCAGCCGUGACUCUGCACCCUCCGCCGUCAGCCCCUCUGAUCUCCACAAUGAGCUCUCCCGCACAACCAGAUGGAGUGGCCGGACGGGAGCAGCUCUUGGCUCAGCAAAGAAUGCACGGUAUGAUCAGCUCAGUGGAUGUGAAAUCAGAGGUCCCUAUGGGCCUGGAGCCCAUCUCACCUUUAGACCUAAGGACAGACCUCAGGAUGAUGAUGCCCGUGGUGGAUCCUGUCGUCCGUGAGAAGCAGCUGCAGCAGGAGCUGCUUCUCAUCCAACAGCAGCAACAAAUCCAGAAGCAGCUCCUCAUCGCGGAGUUUCAGAAGCAGCACGAGAACCUGACGCGGCAGCAUCAGGCGCAGCUGCAGGAGCACAUCAAGUUGCAACAGGAACUUCUAGCCAUAAAACAACAGCAAGAACUCCUAGAAAAGGAGCAGAAACUGGAGCAGCAGAGGCAAGAACAGGAAGUAGAGAGGCAUCGCAGAGAGCAGCAGCUUCCUCCUCUCAGAGGCAAAGAUAGAGGACGAGAAAGGGCAGUGGCAAGCACAGAAGUAAAGCAGAAGCUUCAAGAAUUCCUGUUGAGUAAAUCAGCAACGAAAGACACUCCAACCAAUGGAAAGAAUCAUUCCACGAGCCGCCAUCCCAAGCUCUGGUACACGGCCGCUCACCACACCUCAUUGGAUCAAAGCUCUCCACCUCUCAGUGGGACGUCUCCAUCCUACAAGUACACACUUCCAGGAGCCCAAGACGCCAAGGACGAUUUCCCCCUGAGAAAAACAGCCUCAGAGCCCAACUUGAAGGUGCGGUCCAGGUUAAAACAGAAAGUGGCAGAGAGGAGAAGCAGCCCCUUACUCAGGCGGAAGGAUGGAAAUGUUGUCACUUCAUUCAAGAAGAGAGUGUUUGAGGUGACAGAGUCCUCGGUCAGUAGCAGCUCUCCAGGGUCUGGUCCCAGUUCACCAAACAAUGGGCCCGCCGGAAAUGCCCCCGAAAAUGAGGCUUCAGUUAUGCCUCCUACGCCUCUCCCUGAGCAGCUGGUUCCGCAGCAACGCAUCCUGAUUCACGAAGAUUCCAUGAACCUGCUCAGCCUCUACACCUCGCCCUCCCUGCCCAAUAUCACUCUGGGACUGCCGGCUGUGUCGUCCCCACUCAAUGCUUCUAAUUCACUCAAAGAAAAGCAGAAGUCGGAGACACAGAUCCUCAGGCAAGGCGUCCCUUUGCCUGGCCAGUACAGCGGCGGCCUUGCAGCGCCCUCCAGCCAUGCUCACGUAGCCAUGGAGGGCAAGCCCAACAGCAGCCACCAAGCCCUCCUGCAGCACCUACUGCUGAAGGAACAAAUGCGGCAGCAGAAGCUCCUUGUGACUGGUGGAGUUCCCUUACACCCUCAGUCUCCCUUGGCAACGAAAGAAAGAAUUUCACCAGGUAUUAGAGGUACCCACAAACUGCCCCGUCACCGACCCCUGAAUCGAACCCAGUCUGCGCCUUUGCCUCAGAGCACGCUGGCUCAGCUGGUCAUUCAGCAGCAACACCAGCAGUUCCUGGAAAAGCAGAAGCAGUACCAGCAGCAGAUCCACAUGAACAAACUGCUCUCGAAAUCUAUUGAACAACUGAAGCAACCAGGCAGCCAUCUUGAAGAAGCGGAGGAGGAGCUUCAGGGGGACCAGGCCAUGGAAGACAGAGCGACCUCUAGCGAGCACAGCACUGGGAGCAGCCGUGCUUGUGUGGAGGACACACUGGGACAAGUUGGGGCUGUGAAGGUCAAGGAGGAGCCAGUGGACAGCGAUGAAGAUGCUCAGAUACAGGAAAUGGAAUGUGGGGAGCAGGCUGCUUAUAUGCAACAGGUAAUAGGCAAAGAUUUAGCUCCAGGAUUUGUAAUUAAAGUCAUUAUUUGAACAUAAAUGUGUUGCAGAUUUUGCUAAAUGCUUAUCAUUACCUAUCAGCAUAUAUUCCCAAUUUUAGUGUUUAAGAAUUCUAAAUCAGGUAAAAUGAUGUUUUCUUUCUUUAUAAAGAUCACUCUAUACUGAUCUCUGAAUGAGUAUGGGUAUCAAGGUUUCAUUGAACCUUUACUGGUAAGAAAAUGCCUGUUACACUAAAAUUAUGCUAUAUAAUAUCCAGGAAAUUAAUAGGCUUUAAAUCCAUCUCAAAGCCUGAUACAACAGUUACUUCUAGUGAAGAUGAACUCAUUGUUGUUUUUAGUUUUAUCUACUGAGGUCUGUGAGCACAGAAUGUAGUCUACAGCCUGAUCAAUGAAGCAUUCUAUUAGAGAUGAUGUUUUUAACAUUAUAGAAAUCAUUUUUUUCAUACAACUGUACAUAAUGUAUCAUACCAUAGUCUUGAACACUGUUGAAGGUAGUCUGCUCCCUGCCCCCUUUCUCUCUCUCUCUCUCUCUCUCUCUCUCUCUCUCUCUCUCUCUCUCUCUCUUUUUAAGUAGAAACCUGGCUACCGUGCCAGCAGCUCUAGGUUAUUGCGUAGAUCACAACUGAAAACCUUAGCCAUUCAGGUGGUUUUGAGCAGAGACGCAAGCUGAAGUUCCGUUUUGACCAUUACCUUACGUCUGACGCAGCAUUGCACAGUGCUUAAACCUUGUGGAAGUUGCUGAUGUUGAGUUCUGAAACGGAAUCCAUGCAAAUGCUGUUCAAGAAGCGGCGUGCAGCCCUGUGGUCCACGCAGAUGCUGCGAUGUAUGCACAGCUGCAGAGAACGUAGUACGAUUACCACUUGAUACCAAAUUAAAAGCAGGCCUACAAGAGGGGUGACUCACGCUGACGCCUGGUAUCCUUGGGAUCUCUCGCAUACCGUGGUAUACACCACAUCAUUUUGAGAAAUAAAUAAAAAAAAAAAGCUGUGUUGGUUUAACAAGACGAAUCUGCUUGUAUAUGAUGGCAACUUCCAGAAGGACCAUGUCCUUUGAUGCUGGAAAAGCACAAACAACUCUGAACGCAACAGAGCCCGAGACGAUGUUUAUUUAAGUCAGCUCUUUGUCAGGGUCCCGCUGUUCUACAGAAAAGCAGUUCUGUGAGGGGACAGGAAAUGUCUCGUGGAAACAGGAAGUCCGAGUGACUCAUGUUCUGGGGAAUGUAGGAGAAACAGUCUGAGGGUAGUGUUCUACCCUUUCAGUUUUUGAAGGGUAUUCUAUGAAUUGAUGUAUUGGCUGGGAAAAUCCCACCAUGAGUUGGGAAACCCUUACGGAAGCUAUUGGCUAGAACGUUUUCUUCAUAUCCCCUUUUGAUAUGUUGGCCUUCUUUUACGGGUUUACUUUUGUUAAGCUAGUCAAACGUACGCUGUAUUAAGACCCCUUUGGUAUGGAUAAUCCAAAUUGACCUAGAAUCUUCCUGAGGAUUUUUUUCUAUUAAAAUAUUUAUAUUCCUUGAUCCCUGCUAUUUAAGGUGUAGUAUCCUGUUUCAGGAGACAGCACUUUUGCCAAAUGUAGACAUGGUUCAACUGUAUGUUAUUAGCACGUGUUGUUUACACUUCGCUGUGACAUUUAAAACUAUUUCUUUUAAAAUGUUCCUGCUAAAGAUACAUUAUCCUUUUUUUAAAAAGUCUCCAUUUGAAUUAAAUUAACAUAACUAGAGUUAGAAAGUUAAAAGUUUUUCCACAUAAUGAAAAUCCUUCUGAUAAUUUGACAGCUAGUUCUACUAGGUAACUCUCCCUAUCACCAAUACGUUUGGGUUAAUAUAUUCCUUCAUAUUAAAAUGACUGUUGUCAGUUGUUUUGCAUUAAAAAUAUGGCAUGCCUAAGAUAAAAUUGUAUAUUUUUCCAUCUCAUAAAUAUUCAUUUUCUUCAAAUUCCUUUUUCAAUCUCAUAAAAAAGGGAUAGUGCAUCUUUUAAAACACAUUUUAUUUGGGGAGGAACACGUGGCUGAGCAGACUUUUGUAUAAUAUUUCUUCAAAGAUAUGUGAUCAAAAACAAAAAAAACUAUUUUUUAUAAUGUCAUUGGAGAGAACUUCAUCAGUACAUUUGGUGGACGUAAUUGUUUGAAUUUGAUAGUCUUUGAAUUUAGUCAAGAAACUACCUGGAACCAGUAAAACGAAAAGCUGGACAUAACUAACCUUAGAAUUAACCGAUAAAUGUCUCUUCUAAGAUCUACUGUAUUUAUUAUGAUUUACACCCUUGGAGGUGAUAUCCUGUUUUGUGUUGUAAAUAUAUUGUCUGUAUGUUUCCCUUCUUGCCUUCUGUUAUAAGUCUCUUCCUUUCUCAAAUAAAGUUUUUU